AUGCGCAGCAUCCUCAGCCAGCUGAUCAUGAGACCGAAGGACGUGGCUCAGUUCUCUGACGACGUGAAUGCUGUGGUGGACGACCUGGUGAAGAGAGUGGAUACGCUGAGGAGCCAGAGUCAGGACGGACUCACUGUACUCAAUAUUAACGAUCUGUUUUUCAAAUACGCAAUGGAAGGUAUGGCAGCCAUCUUGUACGAGGACCGUCUGGGCUGCUUGGAGAAUGAGAUUCCUCAGAAGAGCCAGGACUACAUCGCAGCCCUGCACCUGAUGUUUAGUUCCUUUAAGAUGACCAUGUACGCCGGGGCCAUCCCCAAGUGGCUCAGAACCGUCGUCCCCAGACCCUGGGAGGAGUUCUGCAGCUCCUGGGACGGACUCUUCAGUUUCAGUCAGAUCCAUGUAGAUAAGCGUCUGGGGGAGAUCCAGGAUCUGGUGUCCCGAGGAGAGACGGUGAAGGGGGGGCUGUUAACUCACAUGCUGGUGACCCGAGAGAUGAACCUGGAGGAGAUCUACGCUAACAUGACUGAGAUGUUACUGGCUGGGGUGGACACGACAUCAUUCACCCUGUCCUGGGCCUGCUACCUCUUGGCCCGUCACCCUGAGGUCCAGCAGGAGAUCUACGAGGAGGUGACGAGGACUCUGGGACACGGGACCAUCCCCACCGCUGAUGACGUCCCCCGUCUACCCCUCAUCAGAGGACUGGUGAAGGAGACACUACGAAUGUUUCCUGUUCUGCCAGGUAAUGGGCGUGUUACCCAGGAUGACUUGGUGGUUGGCGGUUACUUCAUCCCCAAAGGGACCCAGUUGGCUCUAUGUCACUACUCUACCUCCAUGGACGAGGAGAAUUUCCCCGGGGCUGAUGACUUCCGUCCAGACCGCUGGAUCAGGAAGGACGCUACGGACCGGGUGGAUAACUUCGGCUCCAUCCCGUUCGGCUACGGCAUCAGGAGCUGCAUCGGCAGGAGGAUAGCUGAACUGGAGAUGCACCUGGCUCUUACACAGCUGAUCCAGAGGUUCCAGAUUGGGCUGUGUCCCGUCACAGAAGAAAUCAAAGCCAAAACCCACGGCCUCCUCUGUCCUGCUGCGCCCAUCAACCUGCAGUUUGCCGACAGACAACCCUAGACCAAAACCCACGACCCUCCUCUGUCCUGCUGCGCCCAUCAACCUGCAGUUUGCCGACAGACAACCCUAGACCAAAACCCACGGCCGUCCUCUGUCCUACUGCGCCCAUCAACCUGCAGUUUGCCGACAGACAACCCUAGACCAAAACCCACGGCCGUCCUCUGUCCUACUGCGCCCAUCAACCUGCGGUUUGCCGACAGACAACCCUAGACCAAAACCCACGGCCGUCCUCUGUCCUACUGCGCCCAUCAACCUGCGGUUUGCCGACAGACAACCCUGGACAGAUACACUGUUUAACUCCUUUCUUCUCCUUAUCUCUCUAGUGAGGAGGUAAAUGGGAGAAUAACGGACAGACUGUCGUAAGGCAGGUUUAUACCAUCCUGUACCCAGAUGCUAUUGUUCUGUGUAAACAGCCUCUAAGAUACAGGAUGUACACAGACCAUAAGUGUCAGCUUUUUAUAUAUACAUACAAUAUCAAUACUUGUUUCAUUUACAACUUUUACAACUUCCUGUUAUCAACUGACUUCAGCACAGUGUCUGGCUGUGGAUUGGCUGCAGCGUCUGGCUGUGGAUUGGCUGCAGUGUCUGGCUGUGGAUUGGCUGCAGCGUCUGGCUGUGGAUUGGCUGCAGUGUCUGGCUGUGGAUUGGCUGCAGUGUCUGGCUGUGGAUUGGCUGCAGUGUCUGGCUGUGGAUUGGCUGCAGCGUCUGGCUGUGGAUUGGCUGCAGUGUCUGGCUGUGGAUUGGCUGCAGUGUCUGGCUGUGGAUUGGCUGCAGUGUUUGAAUGGAAUGUUGGCAGAUUAAUUAAUUUUUUUAUACAAAAAAAAUGGGAAAAAAAAACUGGGAAAAAAACUGGCUAGCUAACAACCUGUGCAGUUAUAUCUACAAAAUGCUUUACAGACUAUUUCAUUUGUUAUUUGAUUAAAGUCUUCCUUUUUCAACGAUGAAUGAUUUAAAAAGUUGUCAUGACGAUUUAAAGUUGGUUUAUAGUCAAAAGUGUUGUCAGAUAUGUGCUGGUCAUUUUUGAAAUGGCUAACGAGCUAGCAACUAACCAAAACCAUCGUUUAUAAUGUUGCUUUUAGUUUCCUGGCUCGUUAGAUUGACAUUAUCCUAAAUACAUUUUUUUAUUUUUUUAAAGUAGAUUGGUUUAUCUGGUGUUUAAAAUAGACUAGCUAUGCAAUUUCAAACAGAGACUGGAAUAACUUGUCUGUUUAGGUCAUAAAUGAGCACACAGACUCUAACCCAGUGCACUUCUUCAAAUCUCUUACAAUCCUUAUAUGCUUAAAAGGUAUUUUUUUUUAUUUCUCUGACUGACCUUGAAUUGUUCCAACUGUUUUUUGGGGGGUUUCUUCCUGGACUUGUUUCCUGGUCACGUGAUGAGAGACUGUGUUGUUUUAUACUGUAUGUAGGAAGCACCACAGAGAGACCGUAUUUAAGAAGAAAAGAUUGAAAUGGAGAGCGGGCUUGUUCGAAGAGAAGAGAAAUACGUAGACCGUAGGUUCCUUCUGUUUGAUGAGGAAAAAGGUUUUUAAUAGAGACUCCAGAUCUGGAAACCUCAUGGGAAAAGGUAUUUAGAAAGUGUAUUGUUAUUUUGGUGUCGUACUGCUCUGAGCAGUGAAAUGAGGUCAAAAGGUGCCCGGGUCGAACCGAGUCUCCCUGUUUUAACUCCGUAAGGAAGAGAAUUGGAUGUUCAUCUAUGAUUAGCAGACUAAAAUGCCCGACCAGUUUCUAUAAAGUCCACGGUAACUAAUUAACUGUUUACACUUGUUACUGGAAUUGUUGUAAUUUCAACUAAGCCACACCCUCCUCGCUCAUGCUGGAAUAAAGAGGUCUGCUGGA